GUGCGCCCCUGCUCGGGUGAUCUGGCGCAGACCCCAGGGGGUGCUUGGCGCUCGGCGGGCUCCUCCCCGUUUGCUGCGGCCUCGGAGCUCGGCGUAAUCCUGUGGCCUCCCGCAGAAUGUGGAUGACGCCCAAGAGGAUCAGAAUGGAAGUCGACGAAGCUCUCGUGUUCCGGCCCGAGUGGACCCAGCGUUACUUGGUGGUGGAGCCUGCGGAGGGCGACGGGGCCCUGUGCCUGGUGUGUCGCCGCCUGGUCGCCUCUACCCGGGAACGCGACGUGAGGCGCCACUACGAGGCCGAACACGAAUUCUACGAACGGUUCGUAGGGGAAGAGGAGCGCGCGGCCCUGGUGGAGCGGCUGCGUCAGGGCGACAUGUCCCUGGCUGCCGUGCUCACUCCGGAGGAGAGAGCGACGCGGGCAGGCCUCGGCCUCUGUCGCUUCUUGGCCUUGAAGGGUCGCGGCUGGGGUGAGGGAGACUUCGUACACCAGUGCAUGGAGGUGUUACUGAGGGAGGUGCUGCCCGAUCACGUCGGCGUCCUGGAAGGCAUUGAUUUAUCGCCGGAGAUCACGCGGCAGAGGAUUCUGAGCAUUGACAGCAAUCUCCGCAGCCAGCUCUUUAACCGAGCCAGGGACUUCAAGGCCUAUUCCCUCGCUUUGGAUGACCAGGCUUUUGUGGCCUAUGAGAACUACCUCCUGGUCUUCAUCCGUGGCGUCGGCCGCGACCUGGAGGUUCAGGAAGAUCUUCUGACGAUUGUCAACCUGACUCAUCACUUCAGUGUCGGGGCCCUCAUGUCGACAAUUCUGGAGGCCCUGCAGACCGCAGGACUCAGCUUACAGCGAAUGGUUGGACUGACCACGACCCACACCCUAAGGAUGAUCGGCGAGAACUCGGGACUGGUCUCCUACAUGAGAGAAAAGGCCGUGAGCCCCAACUGUUGGAACGUUAUCCACUAUUCGGGAUUUCUGCACUUGGAACUGCUGAGUUCUUACGAUGUUGAUAUUAAUCAGAUCAUAAAUACCAUAUCUGAGUGGGUAGUUAUGAUUAAGACCCGAGGUGUUAGACGACCAGAGUUCCAGCCUUUACUAACAGAGUCUGAAUCCGAGCACGGCGAAAGGGUUAAUGGACGGUGUUUGAACAACUGGCUGAGAAGAGGCAAGACGUUAAAACUCAUAUUUUCACUAAGAAAAGAAAUAGAGGCUUUCUUGGUUUCGGUGGGGGCCACAACAGUCCACUUCUCAGACAAGCAAUGGCUCUGUGAUUUUGGCUUCUUGGUAGAUAUUAUGGAUUAUCUUCGAGAGAUCAGUGAAGAACUGCAGAUCAGUAAGGUCUUUGCCGCCGCCGCCUUUGAACGAAUCUGUACCUUUGAGGGUAAGCUGAGUUCACUUCAGAGACAUAUGGAGGAAGUCAAUCUAGCAGACUUUCCUGCCUUCAGCAUAAUCGUUGAUGAACUUAGACAGCAGUUUAAGGAAGAUCAGAAAAUAUUUGAUCCUGACAGGUAUCAGAUGGUGAUCUCCCGCCUACAGAAAGAUUUUGAGAGACAUUUUAAGGACCUCAAGUUCAUUAAAAAGGACUUAGAACUCUUUGCAAACCCGUUUAGCUUUAAGCCUGAAUAUGCGCCUAUUUCAGUGCGAGUGGAGCUGACGAAACUGCAGGCGAACACUGACCUGUGGAAUGAAUACAGAGUCAAAGACUUGGGACAGUUUUAUGCUGGAUUGUCUGGGGAAGCUUACCCCAUUAUCAAAGGGGUUGCCUAUAAGGUGGCAUCCUUGUUUGACAGUAACCAAAUCUGUGAUAAGGCUUUUUCAUAUUUAACUCGAAACCAACACACACUGAGCCAGCCACUGACCGACGAGCAUCUCCAAGCACUGUUUCGAGUUGCCACAACGGAAAUGGAUCCUCGUUGGGAUGAUCUUGUGAGAGAAAGAAACGAUUCAUAAGCCUUUGCAGUACAGCAAUUCAACUUGGAAAGGAAAAAUUAGUUUGAUUUUUUUUCUUUCACGUUUACUAAUUUGGAUUGUUGGAAAGCACUGAGCUUAUUACAAGAUGUCCAAAUUGAUAAACAUUGAAUUCUUUCUGACACGUUGCCUUUUAAAACCCCAUUACAUUUGGCAACAUGGGACUGAAACAUAAGAAUACACCUUCCAAAAACUUAGUUUGAUGGAAAUGUCAUUGCCUUUUACGUUUAUGUUAUAACUGCUUUUCAACACGUUUAGUAUUGAUAUUGUAAGUUGAACUAGAAGUCUGGUUUUAAAAUGUUCUGGAGAUAUUUGCCAAAAGUUUCAGCUCUUAUUUUGACACGGUGUAAAAAGUGUGAUCCUGGUUUGAAAUGACCAACUCCUUCAAAGUGUAUUUGUGUCAGUUUACAGACACUCCUAACAAAUUCAGUUUCUGAAAAGGAGCGUAUACACUGGAGGUGUUUGUCUAGCUAACAGAUUUUAAGGGUAUUUUUGGAAGCAUAUUUCUGAGCCCCCACCCCCACAUACCCAGUUCAUGGUGACAUUACAGAUGGAGGAAGUCAUCAAAAUUUGGCUGGAGCAGCAAGAAUUAUCUUAAAAUUUUGAUUUAUGAGGCCUCUUACUAUCAGGAAUUAAGAAUAAACGAUUAUUGGAGGUUUGCUCCUUAUUAUUUCACAACUAGGGACAAUUUUUUCAGCCCGUCUCUGAAAGGAACAUGGUAAGUAUGGAAUCUUAACCCUUGCCAGUCAGUAAUUCUCUUUUCUACUCUAGACAGAAUUUUGGCCCUAUCAAAACAGUGGGAGGGGACUUUUCCACUUCAGGAUCAGGAGUUAUGAGAGGUUCUAACUUCUUUGUCUCUUCUGCAUGGGUAUUAAUGUUUUAUAGAGAAACUAUACUUAAGGGAGACAUUUUAUUUUGAAAUGACAAAUUUCAGUUCGUUAGCUGCUGAAAAUGGAUUUACUCCACAGCUGUGUUACACGUUAGGUAGUUAAGACAGUACACAAUUAAUAUGUAAAUCUCAAGAAGCAGCCUUAUCCACAGACCGUAACAAUUCCUAUUCUUAGAGACGUUGGUUUUGUGCUGUAACGUUAUCAGACGUGUUAACUGUGACGACGUCAACCCUACAGUAAAGCUCAGCAUUGUGAGCCUGAUGUAAAAGCAGCAGCGAUUUGUAACCCAUCCUCAAGUACAGUUUAAGAGCUGCCGUGCUACUCCCUGUCCUGAGUAUUGCAGCACGUUAUCCUGUUGCACAGUCCAGGAACCUGAUUGCAACCACGAAUUUAGAAGCAACUGAUGCCUAAGCCACACAAGCCUAAGAGCCAAAGUCAGAUCAGUGGUUCUCAGCCAGAGGUGGAACCCUUCCUUCCCGAGAGUGCUGGAAAGUGUUGUGGGCACCUUUGUGAUUAUCUGUUUACUGGAAGGUUCUGCUGGCCUUUAAGCUUAAAGAUCUCUCCUGUGGUUUUCAGGACAGCCUGAUGCCACGAAGAGGCAUCCCUCCCAAAGUGCCAGCACCCUCCCCACCAAGUACACAUUAUCUUAUUUCAAGAGACAGGGAGAGUCUCCAGUAGAAGCUGGUGGCGUACUUUUAGGGAAGCCUGAUUCCAGCGGUGCAGAGAAGAGAAGCCAGUGUCAGGCUGACCUCUUGCUUAGCCAAGAAUAAGCUUAAGUACCUGAAACCGAAGGACUCUGCUGGUAGUUUCCCAUAGCUUUGUCUGCUACCUUUUACAGCAAAUACUUCAAGAACUUUUAUUCUUUGGGAGAAUGAUCGGAAGUCCUGAAAGCGGCUUCUACUUUCUAUUCCUAGUCCUCUCAAUAUUAAUAUCGUGUGCAUUCUGUCAAGUUCUUGUGGUUUGCUUUAAGGUGAUAAUAAAAUUAGUUUGCAUUAUGUAGCCACUGUGUGAGUUUGGGAGAUAUAUAUAUAUAUAAGCUAAGAAUUUUUUUUU